GUGAGCCCAGCUCAACCAAGCAGUGCGUGCACCAGCCGCCGGACGGGCUACAACAGUAUCUGGAUCCUUCAUCGUGCGCAACCAUGCUGUCACGAAGCAAGCUGAACUGUUUCCUCCUGCUCCUUUUGGCGACCCUGGAGGUGCAGUGCAGCGCCCAGGAGACAACCACCAGGCCAACAACAUCGUUCAAGCUGUACAGGCCACUGGGCUUCAACCGCAACGGAACUCGAACUUUCAAUCACACCAUCGUGACGGUCCGCAGGAAGCCGCUGUUUAGCAGCCGCAGGUUAAAGCCCAAACUAGAGAACGCGGCCCCCACGAGCACUGAGAGCCUGCAGAACGUCGUUCCCGACUACAAGAAGUCGCCGCUGGAGGGAAAUGGCGAUGCUGCUCCCACGACGACCAUAUUCCCACCACCCCCCGUGUUGCGUCCGUCGCCGAUAGAGGGCGCGGCCAACGCCCCGCAGGUGGUGCCCACAGAGCCGACCUUCAACCCUGACACGUUCUUCACGACGCGGAAGAAGAAUCCCGUGGUGGUCGUGAGGAGGUUCCCCAAGGGACCUCAGGACCAAGGCGAACGAGAUGCAGCGCCCCCAAAUGUCGGAGGAGCAGGAGGCAACGUGCAACCAGGGCUGCUGCCGAUCGCCAACUUUCCGAGACCCCUCCCGAGACCCGGCUACGGUUAUCAACCUGCUCAGCCUGUAUUCGGCGGUUCGAUCCCAUUGGACGUCCUCGGUGCCCGAGGAAUUCCCAAGUUCUUCACGCAAAGAGAUAUUGAUUUCGUCGCGCAGGCCUUCAGGAAUGCCGCUGGUAAUGAGAGUAUUCCACCUCUAAACAUCCCGACGUUCAAUAUUCCUUCGGCUAACCAAACUCAGCAGCCGGAACAGACGCAGGGAGGCCUUGUCGGUGCAGAAAACCAGAAUCAAAACCAGCCGCGAUUGCGAGUGCCUGAGAACGUACUGAGGCAAGGUUACGCAGACAGCUUGAAUGGUGGUUACCCAAACCAGCCGAGACCUCCUCUAGAUGGCUCGCAGCAGGCAAUUCCACCGAACGCGCAGCAACGGGCGCCACUCGGCCCUGGUGGGCGUCCUCUCGUAUUCCAGAUGCCCAAUGGAGCGUACCGAGUCGCCUAUCAACCCCAAGCGGGGCCAUAUCCUAACAACGUACAGCCUCAACUGUACCCGAACGUCGUUCCGAACGGUGGCUACCCUCAAGGACAUGGUGAAGACCAAGUGUACGGCGUGGACCCUAGACUAUUCAGACCCAGUUACCCCAUCGUCCAAGGCGGACUACAAGUUCCCCAACGCAAGCAGCAGCCGUUUAAUCCCGCGCUUCAGCACGUACCGACGUCUGGGCCCGGCCAGCAGACUCUUGCCGCUCCGAUCGAGCAGGGGAGAGCUAACCCGGGCCUUGUCUACCAGAACUACCUGCCAGUGCAGAACCUGAGCCCCGUCUCUGGGUUCUCCCCCAGUGGGACAAACAACCUGCAGGCUGGCGGCUACGCCCCCAGGGGAGCGGUGCCGCGGGGCUUCCGCUUCAUCCCCAUCCCCAGCAACGACAGGGUCGUCGCCCUUCCAGAUGAGGUGUUCGCCAACAGCUUCACGCCCAACCAGCUGGUCGAGAUAAGGGACGGCCGUGCCAUCCCCGUACAGCCGGUGUACGCCGUGUACCCGGGAAGGAACAUGAUCGGCUACCCACCACCAGCGUCUCCCAAGGAGGCUGCCGAACGCCCACCGGUGGGAGGCGUGGUGCGCAGGCCGCUGUACCAGGGCGAGUACGCUGGCGGACUGGACGUCCCACCUCAGGCGCCUCAGAAGAGAACAGGCUUCGUCGGAGGCCGCGAACCGGAGGUCCCUUACUCAGCCGCUACGCACGACGUGAUGUACACCUACAGACCGGAUGUGCUUCCAGGUUGCACCAAUGGAAGUAAGGAGGCCAUCUACUGCCUCCAGGACGAUGAGUAUCCGCGGGCGGCUCUGCACUUGUCCGUGGACCUGGAGCAAAACACGAUGCACAGGCUGCUGCCGGAGACGCCCGAGGGAGAUGGCAGCGCGGCGGCCGCGCUGUUCGUGGACAGCGUCGUGCCCGCCACCGAAUCCACCCGCGGCAGCAGCCACGGCGAGCAAGCGUCCGGCAGCGGCGUAAACAGCACGGUCGUCGAGUCGCCCCCGCCGCCACCGCUGACGGACGACGGUAGCCUGUUCGCCUGCGCGGCCCGCGUGACGCACGCCCGGCCAUUGCGCGCGCGAACCGUGCAAGGCCUCUGGAAAGUGGUGGUCAACAUGCACAGUCCGCAUGGUCGGGGAGCCUUCCAGCAGAUGGUGCGCACCGAAGAGUGCAUGGAGCCCGGCGGCAGCUGCAGCAACCUGGUGCAGUCGUCCCGGUGCGUACAGAAGUACAACCUGCACCGGCUGGUGGUGUGGACGCGCCAAGAGGGCAUCCACAUGGACACCUUCCGCCUGCCGGUCGCUUGCUCCUGUUACCUGGGGAAAGCCGACAGGAAGGCGACGCAGCGCCGAGCCCCCAGCAGGACCUGACUUUACAGCCACCCUCCCCUAGGACCUCAGUCUCCUGCGUCGAUCACAACCAGUGCCGCACGGUCGGCCCGUGUCUGCCGGCGAGAGCCUCUGCCUUCCACCUGAGCGCGCGAUGAUGCCCUCCAAUGCAUCGCCAUUUUUCGUCGAGCCCUGCGCUUCAGAAUACGGAGCAGUUAUUGCAUGUGAACCCCAGACACCCAGUGCGGCCACCCUAAUGCUCUUCUUAUUAUUAUUUUUCUAAAAACUGCGAUGGGCGUAAAACUUGCUUGUACAAGGUGACCGCGGCCUUGGAGCAUGGCGUUCCGAACAUACUCUAAGGAGAGACAAUCCGGGAUGUCUUAUUUUUGUUAAACAUUAAUAUUACUAUUAUGAGAGGCGUCUCAAGAUUGGCUGUCUCACUUAAAACGUGCUUGUCGCGAAUGGGUCGCGAUGCAAGAGCUGUGGCGAAAAUUACUUUCUGGGCGACUUGGAGCGGAUGUCCUCGCGUGUGCGUAACACAAUGUACUUUGUUCGCGGUCCCAUUGCUGCAGCGUGGCAUGCAGCUCUUGGACGCAAAACAUUUUGCAAUUUUCGACCAGCUCGUAGUUGCGAGAGUAGCUGAGGUUCACUGAAUAUGGAACUGUGGUCACAUUUUGCUACAGAUAUCUAAGCCUUCGUUAUGCCCUACGAUGACCUGAAAAUGUGCCGCUUUAAACUAGCUGAAGGAGUAAAAAACGAGAAAGAAAGAAAGAAAGAAACAGUGCUAUAGCUUACAGCAAGUGUUACAUGCUCUAUUGAGAGCAAUCUUCAUCCUUAAGAAAAAAACAAGUAAUCAGUUAUUUGAUAUUAUACCUAUACUGUCGGCGGUGUAAACAACAUAUAAUUAUUUUUAGGUACAAACAUUUCGUGAAUCCAUCUCCCUUUCCAUCCAACACUGUUGAACCGAGCGCUCAGGACUUUAGAACGCGGUUUGUCGCAAUAGCUUCGCACCCUUGCCGCACCAGGUAACGUGAGAAUCGUUUGUUGUCGUAACGUUGAGCCUCCGAAUGCUGUCAAUUUCCUACCAGUCGUAUGCAUGACGCUCACGUGUCGUCACAAGCACACGCGCGUCGUUAGCAAGUUCAGCACACGAGGAGCAUUUGUGUGGGGGUCAUCGAACCUUUGCCGUUUAGGUGCCGUCAUACGGCACUUUAAUUUCGGUACGCUGACCGCAAUUUUUAAAUGAGUAAUUCGACUUCCUCCUGACUGUCGUGUAUACUCUGAUUCGUUACGAACGGUACGUAAUUGGCGACAGCGAAGUUCUUCCCGUAUCUGUAUGUAUUGCGACAUCUUUUGUUGUUGUUUUCUUUCUUUUCCUUUUGCGAGGUGCGAGAGGAAAACCGGUCGCAAUCCUCUCCUUCUUUUUUUUUUAUGCCUUUCGGAUGUUCUACGACCUUUUCGCCCCUGUUAUCACUGAGGUGAGUUAAAUAUUUUGCAGCUACUACAAUUGGCUUCACCUUUAUGCUAACUCCGCGCCGUCUGCGUGUAUAUAGUCGAUUGUUCAGCGCGCUGGGAAGGCUGUAGAUGUAGCCAUUCAACUUUAUUAGGGUUGAAUGCAUUUGGUUGCUGCCUGGCGUAUUUCGUUUUUGCGUUUUCGUGUCACCGUUGCUAUGCCUCGCGCGCUUCUGCGCCAGAAUGAGAGCCUUCUUGACGGUGAGUGGAAAGGCAAAUGUCAACUUCGCCACAGCUGGUUCUUUGUGCGUUCUCGUAAAAUAUUUUCUCUGUUGUUUAUCUUGUGUGUCACGUCGCUAGAGUUGAAGCGAAAUAAAAGCCACACGUGUACUUGAGAAGACGUU